AUGGCAUCUCAGUGGGGCGUUGUGGAGCCAUUUCCAAUCUACCUUGUCAAGAGUCGUUAUUUCUUGUACGAUGCUAAUGUUGUCUCCCACGUCCGAGCAUCUCACCGCAUGUGCGGCUGUCUCACUGGAACCCUCCCUCAAAUUCCCCAACAAAAUGUUUUCCUCGGGCUCCCCCUUGAGCUCAUGACCGAAGAGGCUGCCCUGCUCGUCGAGAAAGGUGCUGGCUAUAUUGUUAAUGAUAUACAGGCACACUCACAGGGACUCAAAUCCAUGCUCGAAGCCGACAAGGCCGCAUACCUCGAAGCGCGCGAGGCAGAGUCGAUACGUGAGAUGCAAGCCCUUCAAAAAGCGGCCGAAGAGCGAAGGAAGGCUUUCAGAACCCCCAAGCCAGCUUCUUUGAAGGAUAACGAUGGCGAGGAGGAAGAAACUGGAGAGGAAGGAAAGAUCAGAGAUGGAGAGGAAGACAAAGUGGGAGCCACUGUGUUUGAGACAGACACUGCAAAAACGAAGCUUUCAAACGCUGUAGACCCCGCCCCACCUUCAACACUUCGCUACUAUCCUGUUCCGGCCACUUCCGAAGCUCUCUAUCAUGCUCUACCCACCUCGCCCGGGCUCCUAGAGGCUAGAGUGCUGGAGCCAGCGCCAUCGGAGACCUCGUACCCGCUUUACAAACACCUUCACGAGCACAACUACUUCCUCUCUCCAGGGCUUCGGUUCGGAUGUCAGUUCAUGGCAUAUCCGGGGGACCCGUUGCGGUUUCACUCUCACUUUGUUGUGACGGGACUAGGAUGGGAUGAGGAGAUAGAGAUGCGGGAUGUUGUGGGUGGUGGAAGGUUAGGGACAGGUGUAAAGAAAGCGUGGAUGGUGGGAGGCGAGAAUAAGGACAAACCUGGCGAGGUGAGAACAUUUUGUGUUGAGUGGGGCGGGUUUUAA